AUGGCUAUACGUAUUCGGAUCAGUAUAGCAUCCAUCAUUUGGUUCAAGUGGUUGGAGCAAUGUCACGAAGAGGACACAGCAAAAACUCAGAACAUUCAACAUGCCUUGAAUGGGGGCGAUUUUCGGGUGCCAAACAGUCAUUACAAACUGGAUGGUUGGGAUCCCGUGAGGAAACACUGUUACGAAUUUCAUUCGUGUUUGUUACACGGUUGUCAGACCUGCUACCCAAAGCGUCGUAACAGUGUACGCCUUCCACGUACCAAGCAGACAGCAAACGAGUUGUUUGCUCUGACUCAAAAGAAAAAAACCUUCCUUGAAUCUUUGGGGUAUACCUACGAGUCAAUGUGGUACCACGAGUACGUGGAACUGCAGAAAAACUGUACAGAGUUUAAAGACUUUGUCGCCACCUGUGAUAUACAGGCAGAGCGUUUGAAGCCCCGGGACGCCUUCUUUGGGGGUCGUACUAAUGCAUGCAAAUUGCACUAUACGAUUAAAGAGGGCGAACAUAUCAAAUAUGUUGAUUUUACAAGCCUCUAUCCCUACGUUAACAAAUACGCCCGUUACCCUGUAGGUCAUCCCCAGAUUUACACCCAAGAUUUUAAAUCGCUAAAUGAAUAUUUCGGUUUGGCCAAAGUAAAAAUACUGCCCCCUCAACGUCUGUACCAUCCUGUUCUACCUUACAGGGCGGGUGGAAAAUUGAAGUUUCCCUUGUGUAGGACUUGUUGUGAAUCGGAAAACAUGUCAAAGAGGUGCCAUCACAACGAGUCUGAUAGGUCGUUGACGGGAACGUGGUGUACUCCCGAACUGCUUAAGGCAUUGGACAAAGGGUAUAUUCUGGUGAACAUCUACGAAGUUUACCACUGGCCCGAAAGUACCCAGUAUGAUCCAAACACAGGUGACGGGGGCAUCUUUGGGGAGUACAUCAAUACGUUCCUGAAACUCAAGCAGGAAUCCAGCGACUGGCCGGGUUGGUGUCAGAACGAUUCAGACAGACAGCGGUAUUUGGAGACCUAUCUCAAACAUGAAGGGAUUCAAUUAGACUUGGAAUCUAUCAAAAAGAAUCCAGGUCUUCGAUCCGUGGCCAAACUCAUGCUUAAUUCUCUCUGGGGCAAGAUGGGUGAAAAUCUGGAUAAGAGGUCUCAUUCAGAGUUUCAUCAUGAAAGCGACCCCUCCUCCUUUUACAAGACCCUCACAGACUGUACAAAAGAGGUCACCAAUUUUCACAUUCUAAAUGAGAAACACAUCUUUUUAGAAUGGAAACACAAAGAGGCUUUCAAACCGGAAGACUACAAGACGAACGUCUUUUGGGCUUGUUUCACCACCUGUGAGGCUCGACUUAAGUUGUAUGGACUCUUAGACAUGCUCCAAGAAAGGGUCCUGUAUUUUGACACAGACAGUGUAGUGUAUGUCAGUCGGCCUCAUCUUGGAGAACCCGAACCGCCUUUGGGUGAUAUGUUGGGUGAAUUGACCAAUGAAAUCAGUUCUCCCACAGACUACAUCCAAACGUUCGUGUCGGCGGGGCCCAAGAACUAUGCAUACCAAACCUUGGAAGGGGAGAAGGUAUGUAAGGUCAGGGGGUUCAACUUUUAA